AUGGAAUUUAAUUAGGACGCACUUAACUUUCUAUUCAAACAAUUAUGUUCUCUCUCCUUACUAUCCUAAAAAACUACUAACGAACUUAAUGAUAUCUAUCAUCACUUAGCUAAUCAAGAAGCUUCAUUAUAAAAUCAAUUUUUUCUACACUAAUCCAUCAAUGGAUCAGAAUAGAAGUAUCUACACUAAUCAUUUUAAUAUAGAUUAAUCAAUCGUUUUAUAGCUAGAAUCUCAGAAGCCUACCAAUUGAUGUUAGCCAAACGAUAAAUUGCCAGAUCUAAACAUUCUAAGUUUCUAUUAUCCAUUAAUCAUUGUCAAAUAAAAAAAUUUGACAGCAAAUAACUACUUAUGACAUCCUUAAUUUCAGCUGUCUAUUAAGAAUGUAGACUAUAAAUCGAAUUAAUAUUAAAUAAGCAAUAAGAUGCUUAAAACUAAAGAGUAAUACUCUAUCAAAUUUAAGAUACACAGUCAAGAUAGCAACCAAUAAGGAGAAUAAAUCCAGAAUCAAUAUUAUUCAAUGGAAGUUACAAAUAAAAAAAAUAUCCAAAACGAAUGGUCAAUUAAUAUCAAAGAUAAUAAAAAACUGAACUACUUCUAUACUAAAAUCUUUCCAAAAUAAUAUGAGGUCAUUGAAUCAGCAGACAAGUAUUAAUUAAUAUAUCUUUUCAGAAUUUAGGAAGAAUAGAUACUCUAUUUUUAAAGCAGAUAAUAAAAUAAGGAUAGAAUUUUCAAGUAAUUACUUUCAUAAAAUGAACAUAUUUAACAAUCUCUAAAUUGGUCUCUAGAUAUUGAUUUACAUAGUUAUAAUCGACAAAUAGAAACUAAAUUAUAAAAAAUAAAGCUGAUCUAAUUAACUACUAAAUAAUAAUUAUCGAAUUAAUCUUCUCCUGCUAGGCCAUCUCAACUAUCGAAUAAAUCUAUUAAAUAGAAUAAUCCCAUAAGUCCUCUCAAAAAUAUUAAUAAUUAUCCUAAAAUGCCUUAAAUAAUUAUCAAAUAGAGAAGCAUAUCAUAAAAUGUUCCUUAAAGUGAAUUUAGAUUUAAGAAUUCUGUAGCUUAAUCAAAUUAAUACUAAGGAAAUUCUUAAUUUACAAGUUAAAAUUAAAAAUAAAUUUAAAAUGAAUCUGAAAAAACAAUAUUGUUUGCUAAAUUGAUUGAAAAGUAUAAAUAAAAUUAGUCUUAACUCAAUAAAAUAAGAGUUGAAUUAGGACCAAAAAAAUAGAUAUGUUCAGUUCUUAAAAGUAAGCAAUUGAUCGAUCUAAUCCCAAAACAUAGCUCUAAAUUAAAACCAAGAGCAACCAAAAACCUUAUGUAAUAAGUACAUUCUAUUGUUAAUUGA